CCACCGCAAAGACUUAGCCUACCUUGCCUGCAGUGCCCACGGCUUGUUUUGUUUCAUGCUUGCAUCAGCCUGUCUGACACAUAGUCUACAUACGGAGAAGAACACUCCACAUGCACACAAAGAGAAACACGUACUCAAAACCGAAAGCGUAGCGGUACGUAGCCACCACGUCGUCGCAGGCCAGACAAGAGCAGCUCACGCUUUUGCAGUCUGCACAUACUGGCAUGGCACGAGCUCGCCAAGUCCAGCUACCACAUAUAUGGACACGACGAUAGAUCACACACUCGCACGCACGCAAGGUUCGCCCAGGCGCAACGACGCGGAAGAAUGGCGCCCAAGAACCGCGGCCCUGUGCCGCGGCAGUCUCCGGCGAUCGUUAUCCUGCUGCUGGCCUGCCUCGCCGCGGUGACCGCCGGUGGCAGCGCCCGGCGCGUCCUCGUCGCCAACGGGCUCGGGCUGACGCCGCAGAUGGGGUGGAACAGUUGGAAUCAUUUCCAGUGCGACAUCAACGAGACGGUCGUCCGGAGCACCGCUGAUGCGCUGAUCAGCACCGGCCUUGCGAAGGCAGGGUACACUUAUGUCAACUUAGAUGAUUGCUGGGCAGAUGGGCAAAGGACCAAAGAGGGUUACAUGGUCGCUAACCCGAAGACGUUCCCGUCGGGGAUGAAGGCCCUCGCAGAUUAUGUUCACAGCAAGGGGCUUAAGCUAGGUCUCUACUCUUCAGCUGGGACAAGAACUUGCAGCAAUAGGAUGCCUGGAUCUCUGGGCCACGAGGAAACAGAUGCUAAGACAUUCGGGUCAUGGGAUGUAGACUACCUGAAGUAUGACAACUGCUACAGGGAUGGCACAGCUGAAACUGUGAGAUUUCCGAGGAUGUCUCGUGCGCUGAUGAACUCGGGCCGCCCAAUCUUCUACUCACUCUGUGAAUGGGGGUACAUGGAAGUGGCGAAAUGGGGCGGCUCGUACGGCAACAGCUGGAGAACCACCGGCGACAUCAACGACACAUGGACGGGCAUGCUGAGCAACAUCGACCAGAACGACGCCUACGCCCAGUACGCGAAGCCCGGCGGUUGGAAUGACCCUGACAUGCUGGAGGUCGGCAACGGAGGGAUGGCGUACAGCGAGUACGUCGUGCACUUCAGCUUGUGGGCGAUCGCCAAGGCUCCUCUGAUAAUCGGCUGCGAUGUGACGAGCGUUUCCAAGGAGACGCUGGGGAUCCUCUCCAAUGCAGAAGUCAUCGCGAUUAACCAAGAUCGACUUGGUAUCCAGGGAAAGAAAGUCAGAAAGUGUGACGACGGUCUUGAGGUAUGGGCAGGGCGUCUCAGCCGGCACAGGAAGGCGUUGCUGCUGCUCAACCGGGGGGCCACGCGUUCCCGGUCGAUCACCGCGGCAUGGGCCGAAGUCGGGCUCCGGCGCGGCGUGACCGUCGAGGCGAGGGACGUCUGGAAGCACGAGACGCUUCCGGGCAAGUUCACUGGCAGCCUGACGGCGGUCGUGGAGCCGCACUCGUGCAAGCUCUUCGUCCUCACGCCCGUCCCUCGCUAACGGUAGCUGGAGAUCGGGUCGCCGAGUUAGAACAAAUACGAUCUCAGACUGUGAGAGUGAACGAGAAGCCCAACAAGUGGGAACAUGUGCAUGCAAAUGCAAUGCUGUUUGGUUCAGAUUUCAGAUCGAGCACGCUGAAUAAAUGCAGAGUCGAUUGAACUU